AUGGGCUACUUUCGUCAAGAGCUUUUCAUGUCCUCAGGAUCCCAAGAGAAAAUAUUUAAAGAACGACAGGAGGCCGCGAGAAAGGAUGUCGAGAGGGCAUUUGGGCGUCGGGCCCCUUCCAUUCUGUCCACACACCUCUCUCUCUCUCUCUCCUUCAAAGCAAUUCGGCGUCGAACCCAAGCAAAACGCGGUUGUUCGUCACGUGGAGGCUUUUUAUUUGCUGCGAUUGUCGAGGAUCCACUGUUACGGCGGAACCUAAAUUCUCUGUUCAAUUCGAUUUAUAGACCUACAAAACGAAGGGCUGAGCGGAAACAGAGCACAGCACUCUGUGAAUGGUUUCGAAGCUUCUCCGGCGAUCGUGAGAGGAAGGAGAAGCACACGACCUCGAUCUCCGUCCUCCUCGUCAAGAUGAGCAAGGCCGGACCCAUCACUGCUUCGAUCGCAGCCGCCUCCUCUGCCGCUUUCGCUGCCGCGGCCACUCCUUACCUCUUCGCGGUCAUUGCUCCCUCCGCCGCUGUCAAAGGGGAAUCAGGAUCAUUGAAGAAAGCUUCGGGAUCUAGAUCGAGGCGUAGCGCCGAAGACAAGUUCUCGCCGAGGUUCGACGGUCUCAGAUUCAUCGAGACGCUGGUAACGGCGCACCGGUGAUUCACCCUUUCACUUAAUACUUCUUGAAUCUUGUUGCUCCAUUCUGUUCCUCGGCGCUCCCGCAGUUUUUCCUUUUUUUUUUCUUCCUUUUUUUUCAUUUUUCCCCAAUUCGAUUGUGGUUUGUAGCGUGAGAUUGCUACAAGUAGUUCUUUGUUUUUGAGCAAUAGAUAGGUUGCUACAAAGUUUGUCCUAAUACGAUAGAAUUUGCGCAUCGAUUUCA